AAAUAAAAUGCUUCCGGAUCUCGUCUACGCUUGGUAGGGGUGAAUCGAGGGUCUUUCUCCAUGACGGCAUCAAAUGGCUUGCAGCGAAUGGAUGAGAUUGGUGAUGGCCUGAAAGAGGUUUGAGCUCGAGAAGGCAAAGUGGAUGAGCAUCAUUUCCCGAUUGCGCUGCGGGCUAUUCCUGUUUCGAAUCGACCUGCCUACCUUCAAUGGCCACGGCACCGAGUCUCUCACUGUGUUUGCUACCAUGUUGAGACUGUGGGUAAUCGAACUCUACGUGCUGAGUAAAUUAUGGUGAGCCAGCCACAUCUUCCUUUUCGGGGAUACUAACCUUUUUGUGUGAUAUCUUUAAACGAGGGAUGCAUUCACAGUUGUAGAGAUGAUAGAUUUCUUAAUAUAUAGAGCCCGUGGCUUCGCUUGUUGAAGACAUUCGGAGACCUUAAUCAACGGUUUAGCACGCAUUGCACAUAUACCUACAGAUCUCUUAAUUGCUUUCGUCUUUCUCUCAUUCGCUGUUCUCAAGUCAAGUCAUUCGCCUAUAGCCGAAGUACUUCAAACCUCCACCAUCCCUUCUCUAUCUCGCUUCAUCAACUCUCAUUUGGGCUUGUAAGAAUAUUACCAUUCGUUCAAAAUGUCUGACGGUUGUAAGUCUCUGCUUCUCAUUCUCCCCAUCUGUUCUUUUAUAGACAACACUCCUUCGCCAACACCCUUCAGUCCCUCAUGGCUCACUGCACUCACUAACAAAACCAAAAGUAAACGAACAGCGCACCAUUCGCGUAGCAGAUCUCCUCUCAGAUUUCCGCACUCUCCAAUACUACAUCGCCUCAGCACCGGCAGACCCACCAAAUCAAGAUGAUUAUUACACCGAGGGAUGGGCGGCCUUGCGACAAUGCUCCAUAGAUGGUCAACACGUAUUGAAUUGUGCAGCCGAAACCAGAGUUCCACGUGUUCGAGGUGGUGUAGAGGAACAGAACAAAGCGGAAUUGAUACAGUAAGUACUUUCUUCCAUUCUCUUAUAAUUGUGUUGAAAUGUGACAAGAAGAAAGCUGACAAGAAAAAUAGAGUAACACUGGACGCCUUUGCACGUCGUCACGAAGGCCAGAAAAUCUAUCUUCGGCAAUGCGCAGCUCAGAGAUGGGUCUCCUGGCGAGAUUCGAUUCUUGGAGGUCAGAGACCGCAUAGUGGACAUACAUCUCAAUUGGCAUCUUGCGAUGCGCAGUUGCGUUCCGUAAAAACUCCCGCUUUUCCUCCUUUGAUCUUGAGCAAAGAAUUAACGAGUGCCAGGAACUUGCUGCUAUUACUGACGAAUCUAUCUAUAAUGAUUUGAGAUCUUCCGACUAUGGGUUGGGGAGAUGGAUUCAAGAGGACCCACGAUUGAGGGAUGUGCAGAGAUGGGUCAGAGCUCGUUCUUGAGUGACUUUGAAAAAGAAAUGCUUGUAUUGCUUCUGAUCUUGCAUUUUGUGGGGCGGAUUUUGCAUUUUGGCAUUUUUUGAGGGAUUGCUGGUCAAUCUGUGGCAUUGCGUGGGCGUCUUUCUAAUUUCCUUGGGAGCCUUAUUUCUUCACUGGUACAGGAAGCCAGGAAAAUUUCAUUUCUUGUGUGCAUUUCAAGCGAGGAUUUAU